GCCGUCUUUGUAACGGUGCGUAAAUGUAUGUAUUAUGAUCCAGCUAACACAUAAUAAUAGCUAUGUUGAUAUUUUAUCCAAUACACGAACCACCUGUAUUUGUUUCGACCUGUUUUCAUACAAAGCAAUGCUGUGGAACGAAGGACGCAAAGCAUGCUGGGAAACUCAAAGUUUCACUGUUGCGCGUUAGCUAAGGUUACUUUAUUAUUAGUACCCGAAGGUAAACUUGUUCGGCUAAUCGUCGGAUACAUGCAGCUAAUAUCGAAAGAUUUAAAGUCUGUGUUUUUGUACAGGUCUAGUGGGUAUCCAUUUCACCUCCUUCCAGCAUGGCAUCAUGGCUGAAGAACCACUUCACUACACUACACGUGCCGCAGGAGAGCGCUGUCGCCAUGCAACAUCCCCCCUUUCACGCACAAGAGCAGACUGUCUGGAUUAGCCAGAAGUACACAACAAGAUUAGAGCGUCACAUUGUGGCCCCUUCUAAACACUGGCUGCCAGUAACCACGGUGCACCCUCCCCCUCCACCCUGAGUUAUGUCAUCAUGGAGCAGCAGGAGUGGGCGUAGACCCCCACAGCAUCACAAAGGUGGAGCUUCUACCUUUCUGUGUAUGCUGUAAGGACGGAGGCGAGGGAGGGGAGAGGCAGACAGGAUCAGGGUCAGAUGGAGUCUUGUUAGUUUGCAAGUGUGUGUGUGUGUGUGUAUGUGUGUGUGUGUGUGUGUAUGUAUAUGAGUGAGGCAGAGCAAAUCACAGGAGGGAGGGAGGGAUAAAGCGCGGCGUGUGUGUGUCAGAGGGAAUUUAGUCAUAGGAGGAGAAGGGGACAUAGAGGCAGGGCGUAAAGAAGGGGGGAAAUACAAGACAAGGGGACACAGGUUAGGAGGAAAAGAUGGCUGAGCCCGAACUGAAAUUACGUAGCAGCCGGGAGAGCAUCGCCAAGGAGAAGAAGGCGGCAGACAUGGACCAAGAUGGUGAGAUCCUUCCAUCCCCAACCACUCCACUCGCCACCCCAACAAGCCCCACAGAUCCCCCCACUGACAAGAGCCAGAAGAUCGAACUCAAGCGCAGCAUCACCCUCUUCAACGGCGUGGCCAUGAUCAUAGGCACCAUCAUCGGCUCGGGCAUCUUCGUCACGCCGACAGGCGUGGUGAAAGAGACGGGCUCGGCCGGCCUUUCCUUGAUCGUGUGGUCCGUGUGCGGCGUGAUCUCCACCAUGGGGGCGCUUUGCUACGCCGAGCUCGGCACCACCAUCACCAAGUCCGGGGGGGACUACACAUACAUCCUGGAGAUCUACGGCGAGCUGGCAGCCUUCCUCAAACUGUGGGUGGAGAUGCUCAUCAUCCGGCCGUCGUCGCAGUACGUUGUGUCGCUGGUGUUCGCCACGUACCUCCUGAAACCGAUCUACCCCAACUGCAGUGUGCCCGACAGCGCCGCCAAGCUCAUCGCCUGCCUCUGCCUCACUUGCCUUACCUUUGUCAACUGUAUCAGCGUGAGGGCCGCCACCAAGGUCCAAGACUUGUUCACGGCCUCCAAGUUGCUCGCCCUGGUCAUCAUCAUCCUCUUUGGCUUCAUAGAGAUCUUUACAGGUGAUGUGCCUUACUUACAGCCAGAAAAUGCAUUUGAAGGCAGCAAAUUUGGUGUGGACAAUAUUGUCUUGGCUCUGUACAGUGGUUUAUUUGCUUUUGGAGGCUGGAAUUACCUGAAUUACGUUACAGAGGAGAUGAUCAAUCCAGAGAGGAACCUGCCCCUCUCAAUCAUCAUCUCCAUGCCCAUCGUAACGGUUGUUUACGUUCUCACCAACCUGGCCUACUUCACAACCAUUUCUCCCGAGGAGAUGGUCAAUUCUGAGGCUGUCGCUGUAAGUUUUGGGGAGUACCAUCUUGGUGUGAUGUCUUGGCUAAUUCCAGUGUUCGUGGGGCUGUCUUGCUUUGGAGCUGUCAAUGGAUCCUUGUUCACCUCGGCACGUUUGUUCUACGCUGGAGCUCGCGAGGGUCAACUUCCCGCUGCUCUGGGAUUGGUCCACACUGACCUUUUCACACCGGUGCCGUCCCUCAUCUUCACAUGUCUGCUGUCCAUGAUGUACGCCAUCUCUCAGGACAUCUUCUCUGUCAUAAACCUGUUCAGUUUCUUCACUUGGCUCUGUGUCGGCAUGGCAAUCGCUGGGAUGCUGUGGCUACGUUUCAAACAACCCAACCGCCGAAGGCCAAUAAAGGUGUGUUUGUUCAUCCCCGUGAUUUUUGUUCUGGGCUGCAUCUUCAUGAUCGCCGUGUCCUUUUGGGCGGCUCCCUUUGAGUGCCUGAUUGGCUGCGGCAUCAUUCUCACGGGCAUCCCCGCCUACCUGCUGGGCUACAAGUGGAAGAAACCGCAUGUGGUCAAUAAGAUGCUCGAAAUCUUCACCAUGUUCUGCCAGAAGAUCUUCCUGGCCGUCCCAGAGGAGAAAUAGCAACACGAGGAGUCUGAAUAAGGCUGGACAGAUAUUUUUUGUUUACAUCAUUGUGUUAUUUGUUUUUUUUUUAAGGGGUCCAGGGGCGAUGGUUUGCAAUCUUGGGUCAAGGAGGGUUUAUUACUGUAUGCACUUGUGUACAAAGUGUGUAAGCUAACGUCUCUGUCACAUUUUUGACAGUUUGUCAUGAAGAACACGCUUGUUGGUUAGGUUUUACCGUGCACAGUUGUGUUCAGUGUAUACUGCAAAAAGCUGCAUACAAACGCACAACAAUAGUGGCCUGAAAUAUAGGUUAUUAUGGCUCUGUUCACACUGAAGGGUACAACGCCCUUUUCUGAUUAUUUCAAAUCCCAUCUUUUGAUAUAGUUACAAAAGAAAAAUGCGGUCUAAGAUUGACGGAUGUGUACAAAACAUGCGCUGCGGUGUGUUUACGGAAGUAAACACUGCUCCGAUUUCUGUAUGUCUGUCGUAUCUAUACGGUAACUCGACGUGCAUACGUGGUGGCCAUCUUAGCAGGGGCCACAUUCCCAUUUAAAGCAAUGCAAUAGGUUGUAUUCACCUGACGUCGCGUCUGGCUCGAAGUGGUGGUCAAGCAAGCGUCUGUUGUCAAAGCGUUCUGGGCGGCAUUUUGCCUUUCUCAAAGAAAAAUGCCCUAUGCUCGUGUUGUUUUAGUCUGUUGGAACUUUUCAAAUCGAGGAAAGGAUAAUACGUUUCUUCAGAGUUCCUCGAGUGGUAAUCAAGAAGGGCGAAAGUGUUGAGUGACCACUGCGUUAAAGGUUUGUUUGAUAUACUUUUAAUGUUUAAUAUUUCCAAUGUAUUAGUUUUUUUUUAAACACAUUUUUGCCGCGAGUGUUUCGUAAAACACCAGCCCGGCGAGUCUAAAUAAAAGAAAGCAAAAGUUGAGCAAAACUAAAAGAGUUAAGUAAUCCAAAGAAGUUCAUUAGGUCUUCAAAAAAUUAUGCAAUUUGUUAUUCUUCUAGCCAGACCUGUGUGUUUAUUUCCGUACAUGACGGUUUCGGCUAAAUCUUGCCGUCCAUCACGUGACAUUGAUUGAUUGAGACUUUUAUUAGUAGAUUGCACAGUGAACUACAUAUUCCGUACAAUUGACCACUAAAUGGUAACACCCGAAUACAUUUUUCAACUAGUUUAAGUCAGGGUCCACUUAAAUUGAUUCAUGAUACAGAUAUAUACUAUCAGAUAUAUACUAUCAUCAUAAUACAGUCAUCACACAAGAUAAUCAUCAGAGUAUAUACAUUGAAUUAUUUACAUUAUUUACAAUCCGGGGUGUGGAGGGGGGGGGGUUAGGUUUGGGUUUGGUUGUUAUCAUCAGUCAUCAACAAUUGAGAACAGAGAAAUGGAUAUUGAAACCGUGUAGGUCUGACUUGUACAGCAAGUGAGAGAGAGAGAGAGAGAGAGAGAGGGAUCAGAAGGCAUAAGAAAAAGUAUCUACAUUUGAUUAUUUACAUUUGAUUAUUAACAAUCCGGGGAGGGUGUUAGUUUAGGGUUGACGUUGCCUGGAAGUGUACUUUUAUUGCGGUUUUGAAGGAGGAUAGAGAUGCCCUUUCUUUUAUACCUGUUGGGAGCGCAUUCUACAUUGAUGUGGCAUAAAAAGAGAAUGAGUUAAGACCUUUGUUGGAUCGGAAUCUGGGUUUAACGUGGUUAGCGGAGCUCCCCCUGGUAUUUUGGUUAUGGCGGUCAUUAGUAGUUUGACAUGUACUUCGGUAUCAGGGAGGUGUAGCGGAUUUUAUAGACUAGGCUCAGUGCAAGUUGUUUUACUCUGUCCUCCACCCUGAGCCAGAGUAAAACAACUUGCACUGAGGAACCUCUGAGGAAGGCGAAACCGUCAGGUACGGAAAAAAACUCACAGGUCUGGCUAAAAGAAUAACAAAUUGUAAAAUAAUUAAGAUUUUACCAAAGGCAGCAAUCAUAAAUGAAGCUUUCAGCACAUACACAAUACUGAGAUCUAUAGUUAUAUUUUGAUAAAUACCAAUUUCCUUGGCCCGGCCUCGCACAAAGAAGUUGUAGACCUCCGUGCAUUUCCAGACUUUCAUCUGUGUUGUCGUGUAGAAUGAUGUCUGGGGCACCAGAUAGUUCGACAUGCCUGGGAAUGCGACCGACGGAUAAUCCUUGAGAUCACUCGACAAAUCUUUGUUUAAUAAAGUAUAGGGAUAAAUUCUAUUGCAUAGUUAGAUUUUUUGCUUGUAUCUGCUUUUAGCGGGCCCCUUGCGUACAGGGAUAGUUUGCACACUGUUGGUUUGGUUGACCACCACUUCGUUCACCGGACAUAAACAGGUAAGAAAAAGUCACUUGACUAAAUACAAAGAAUACAAUGCGUUGUAUACUGAUACACUAAUCAAUCAUAACUUGUUUUAUUCCAUUUUUAUGCAAUUUAUUUUUUUGUUAUUGUAAAAACACCAACACUUUUUGUAACUUAUGAAACACUAUUGCCAGUGUUCUUGUGUAAACUCUACGGUGUAUUUUUCUACCGUUGUCUUGGUUUCCGUGCCGUCUAAAACAAUGGAACAUUUUGGCACUUAGCCCCUAUGGGUGUGACCUGUCUACAGUAGUUCAUAUGGCCCUUUUCUGGAUGGAUCUCGAGGAAGAGGGGGCGGUUAAUCAUUUUGCAAUGUGUUUUUGUUGAAAAUGAUGGAAAGCGCCACUCUACUCGGCAACUGACGCUGCGGUCAAAGUUGGAAUUGCCUCAAAACAACAUUUUAAAGAUAUUCAACACUCCACUGUCACCUGGCGGCUAAAGCAGAUAGAGCACUCCCCCAAUAUUGUCAUGUUCCAUGUGUCAGGUAAACCGUGACGAAUAGGGCCAUAUGAAUGAACUUCCUGUAUAUGUAUAGAUUUAAUCAUAUGACAAGUUUAUGUGACGGUUAUUGUGACCAAAACAAUCACGGUUAUUAUUAUUAUCACAUUAUUGUUGAAUCUGCUCAAAAGACACUGACAUCCUUGAAUCAAGUUUUAUUAAAAAACUAAGAUAAAAAUAGGCAACACACAAAGAAAAUAUACUUUCCUUGGUAGCGAAAAUACUGUUUUGACUUCUGAGUGUUUUUUUUUUAAUGAAAAAAGGCAAAACUGGGGUAGUUGUUCAACGAGAAAUACACAAAUGUGUCUUGCAUUUCUGCUAUCUAUCGAUUAGCGUGCAAGUGAUGAGCAGUAUCACAGUGUUGUGUAUUUUUUUUUUUUUUAAGUACGGUAAUCAAUCAGGCUUUUACGAUAAUUAAAAUUUUGAAAGGCUAAUACCGUAUUUUUCGGAGUAUAAGUUGCUCCGGAGUAUAAAUCGCACCGGCCGAAAAUGCAUAAUAAAGAAGGAAAAAAACAUAUAUAAGUCGCACUGGAGUAUACUGUAAGUCGCAUUUUGGGGGGAAAUGUAUUUGAUAAAACCCAACACCAAGAAUAGACAUUUGAAAGGCAAUUUAAAAUAAAUAAAGAAUAGUGAACAACAGGCUGAAUAAGUGUAUGUUAUAUGAGGCAUAAAUAACCAACUGAGAACAUGCCUGGUAUGUUAACGUAACAUAUUAUGGUAAGAGUCAUUCAAAUAACUAUAACAUAUAGAACAUGCUAUACGUUUACCAAACAAUCUGUCACUCCUAAUCGCUAAAUCCCAUGAAAUCUUAUACGUCUACUCUUUUACGUGAAUGAGCUAAAUAAUAUUAUUUGAUAUUUUACGGUAAUGUGUUAAUAAUUUCACACAUAAGUCGCUCCUGAGUAUAAGUCGCACCCCCGGCCAAACUAUGAAAAAAAACUGCGACUUAUAGUCCGAAAAAUACGGUACUAACUGUCUGUAAUUUGUAAAUUGUUACAUCCAUACAUAUCACAUUUAUGAGCACAUUCAAAAGAGAGCAGGGUCGGAUUUGAAAAGAAUCUGAAUCGUAAUGAUCACACUGGAAUGAACAAAUGCGAUACAGGUGACAUGCAUUGUGAAAAAACAUAGCUUUUGCUUGCUUGUGUUGUGUCACAAUUUACAAGGCACAAAAUCUUAACAUUCUUCUUGGAAAUAAUUUCUAUUUAAUCAAUUUAAUAGUAUUAAUAUGCCCCCUUACAGCUUGUAGACAAUAGCAAUGUCGCAUCACGACGACUUUUGUGAACCCAUUUUUUUUAGACCAAAAAACACAUUACCACUAACCUUAGCGCGACCGUUUACUAGAAUAACAAGACAAUACUGCUGAUUAUAAAACGUCAGGGUGUGUUUAGUCGUUACUAACAUGAAGUAAUAUUAACAUAUUUGUAUUUAUUUUAUACGCUAAGCUGAAAUGUGAUGGUGUGUGGCGCUGUGUUGAAGCACAAACUGUACAGUGAACUGAAAUGUUUGUUAUUUGAUAUCAUGCUGCUGUGUUUAUCCACUGUAACGUGACAACAAAUCUUUUUAGUGGCACCACUCGUGAUGGACAUUUAAAUAAAUAAUGAUCAAUUCAUUGAUUAAUUGGCAUCAGAAAAUACUAAAAGGACAGGAACAACUUCUCAAAUUUGAUGAAACUUUACAUCGCGCCAAAUAUGCUUCUGUGUGCGGACCAUGUCUCAGUGCACGAACGCUUCAUUCAUUCUUUCAUUGUUGUACCCCUGAUCCGGGCUCUCGUGGCAGUGUGUGGUGGUCCGAGGAACCCACUAGAGGGCACAACACACUGUUUUAUUUUCAUAAAAUAGUACAAGUGUUUUGCUUUCCAGCAAAAUGUUUUUUUCUGCGUCUGUAUCUCUCUCUCUCUCUCUAGCUCCCUCUCCAGCUCCAACAACGUGUCUCGCUCCGGCUGCUGCUAAUAAAGGCGACAGGUGAUUAGAUAACAAGGCCCAACUGGCCAUCUACUCACCUGUCGCUGUCUUCGAGGCCGGUCCUGGCACACCCUCCUCCACAGCCCCUAUGUCACAUCCUGUACACACGGGCGCAGCCAUUUCGAAGAGCUUCGACGGCGCGCUGCACUUCUGACGUGUUUAUUUCCGCAAUUGUAAUACCUUGCGCCGGUCAGAGCUGUGUCAGCCAGUCUUAGAGAUCACUUUGUGUGAUCAGAAACACUUUAAAUGUGUCCAAACUCUCACGGUGUCCCUGUAUAAUUUUGGGGUUGCUCGACAACCGCUUUGAGCUAGCAUUUGAGCUAGUUAGCCUCCGAUUUGUGGCCCCUGCAGUUCAAGGAUUUAACAGCGAAGGGGCCUUUUUUCGCAGCAAGUCUUUUAAUUGUGAUGAGACCCAAAAAGCUGCCACAGCAGACCUUUUACUACAGUGAAGGAAAAGGCACUACCGGGACACACUGCUAGUUUGUGCUAAUGCUAGCAGUGACUACGUGAAUGCCACAGCUUGUUCAUCACUCCGAAACCCCCAGUGGGUUCAACAUUUUUUUUUACAUACACGAGGUAAAAUGCUUUUACUUUUUUUGUUUCUUAUUCUAGCAACAUGGUGGUUAACGUUUUGGUUACACCAACGAGACUUUUGUGUGUAUA